GGAGGCAAUUUUGGGGCCAAGGGGAAACUUUUGGGGCAAAGGGGGGCAAUUUUGGGGACGAGGGGGCACUUUUGGGGCUCCCUGACCCCAUGGCUGCAGGUGAAGAAAGCGUUCUUCGCGCUGGUCACCAACGGCGUCCGGGCGGCCCCGCUGUGGGACAGCAAAAAGCAAAGUUUUGUAGGAAUGCUGACCAUCACCGACUUCAUCAACAUCCUGCACCGCUACUACAAAUCCCCCAUGGUGCAGAUCUACGAGCUGGAGGAACAUAAAAUAGAGACGUGGAGAGAGGUUUAUCUGCAAGACUCCUUCAAGCCACUGGUGUGCAUUUCCCCCAAUGCCAGCCUGUUUGACGCCGUCUCCUCCCUGAUCCGGAACAAGAUCCACCGGCUGCCCGUCAUCGACCCCGACUCGGGGAACACGCUCUACAUCCUCACCCACAAACGCAUCCUCAAGUUCCUCAAGCUCUUUGUGAGUCUCUGCCCCUUGGGGAGGGUGGGGGCACAGCAGGACCCUCGGUUUGGGAUGUGCCAGGGUCGCACUGGGACCCCCAGCCCAGGCUGUGCCCGGUGCCCAUGCCAGAAUUACCCCAGGAUGUUCAUCCUGGGCU